AUGUUCCAGGAUUUCUCUGACCAGAGAGAAAUGGCCAAACAACCGGCCAGCUCCAGCGCUUCCACCGGCUACAUCCCGGCGCAGCAGCCCGAUGGAGCUGCGGGACUUACAACAAACAAACCGGACAACACGACUGCGUGCCAGCCGCCCGCCCCUCACCAUCACCCGGCGCCUCAGCCGCCACCUCCGUGCAACGAGGGCAAAACUUUUUGUACCACGGAAAAUAAUCCGGGAGAACUGGACAGCAAUAAAGCAUAUGGGACGUUUAAAAACACCGCGCCUGCGGCCCCUGGAUCCGUGGCCGUCAACUCGGCCUUCAGAAAGGAUUCCACCGGUUCGGCCCGCGGGGGGGCCGCCCUGUACGGCGACCCGCUCCGGGCCACUGCAGAGCAGAACAACACCACGGGCAACUGGACGGCAAUGAGCCAGACCACCAUCAUACUGGGAACAGAUGGGAACACGUCUGUUCAUCCCGGCACCGUGGCGGGGGCUGACGAUGAUGACGACGAGGAGGGAGAUGAGAAUAAGGUCAGAGGAAACUGGACCAAUAAAUUGGAUUUUAUUCUGUCCAUGGUUGGCUAUGCGGUGGGACUGGGCAACGUGUGGAGGUUCCCUUAUCUUGCCUUCCAAAAUGGUGGCGGAGCUUUUUUGAUCCCCUACCUGACAAUGUUGGGCAUUGCCGGCAUCCCAAUCUUUUUGCUGGAGGUGUCCCUGGGCCAGUUUGCCAGCCAGGGGCCCGUGUCAGUGUGGAAAUGUAUCCCAGCUCUGCAAGGUUGCGGGAUUGCCAUGUUGAUAAUAUCUGUCUUGAUAGCCAUAUACUAUAAUAUUAUAAUGUGCUGGACACUGUACUACCUGUUCGCUUCGUUGAAGGGCUCACUGCCAUGGGCUAACUGUAGGAAUGAGUGGAACACGGGGGAAUGUAAGGACAAAGACAUGCUGCUGUUAGACACGUGCAUCCUGCGGGACAGAAACAUCACCUCCAUCAAGAACUCCACCUUCUGUCUGUCCCCCAACACUGUGGGAAACCUGACCAAACUGUUGAACAUGACUAUAGACAGCAACAAGACCUACGUCAGCCCCAGCGAGGAGUACUUCAAGUACAAUGUGUUGCACAUCUCUAAAGGAAUCGAAUUUCCAGGAGACAUCCGCUGGCCUCUGGCAGGCUGUCUGCUUCUGGCCUGGUUUAUCGUCUAUGCUUCUUUAGCCAAAGGAAUCAAGUCAUCAGGAAAGGUGGUGUAUUUCACAGCCACAUUUCCCUACGUGGUGCUGGUCAUCCUGCUCAUCAGAGGAGUGACCCUCCCCGGUGCUUUCGACGGCAUCCUCUACUUUAUAACACCAAAGUGGGAGAAGCUGUGUGAUGCGAAGGUGUGGAAAGACGCAGCCACUCAGAUCUUCUUCUCUCUGUCGGCUGCUUGGGGAGGCCUCAUCACACUCUCUUCCUACAAUAAGUUCCACAAUAACUGCUACAGGGAUACUAUUAUUGUGACAUGUACAAACAGUGCCACCAGUAUAUUUGCUGGGUUUGUCAUCUUCUCGGUCAUUGGUUUCAUGGCACAUGAGUUGAAAGUGCCGAUAGAGAAGGUGGCAGAUGAAGGUCCAGGCAUAGCGUUCGUGGUGUAUCCAGAGGCUCUGACCAGACUUCCCUUGUCUCCUUUCUGGGCAAUCAUUUUCUUCCUCAUGCUCCUGACUCUUGGUCUGGAUACCAUGUUUGCCACCAUUGAGACCAUCAUAACCUCCGUCUCAGACGAGUUCCCCAAAUACUUGAGGAAAAACAAACCGUUCUUCACCCUGGUCUGCUGCUUCUUCUUCUUCUUCAUGGGGUUUCCCAUGAUCACAGAGAGUGGGAUGUUCAUGCUGCAGUUGGUGGACACGUUCGCAGCCUCAUACUCCUUGGUCAUCAUUGCGAUCUUCGAGCUGUUGGGGAUUUCCUACCUCUAUGGUCUGCAGAGAUUUUGCGAGGACAUUGAAAUGAUGAUUGGUUUCCAGCCAAAUCGAUUCUGGAGAAUCUGCUGGGGCUUUGUGACUCCAACCAUUCUGACGGGCAUCCUGGGACUGAGUCUGUACCAGUGGAAGGUGAUGACGUACGAGGACUACACCUACCCCAACUGGUCUAUGGUUAUGGGCUGGCUUAUGGUCACCUGCUCCGUCAUCUGGAUCCCCAUCAUGUUCCUCAUCAAGAUGUACCUCGCACCCGGCACCUUCAGAGAGCGUCUGAAGCUGGUCUGCUCCCCUCAGCCCGACUGGGGUCCAUUCCUGAUGAAGCACCGCGGAGAACGCUACAAAAACAUGACCGACCCUCUGGGAACCAACUCCCUGGGCCUCAAACUGCCCCCCAAGGACUUGCAGCUCGGCUCUUACCAGUAG